GUCAGAAUUAAGUCUAUCCCAUUCCCAAACCGUUGUUUUUAUUGUCUGGUUCUACACUCGCGCUUCGCUUCGCCACUUGUGCUGUGCCACUUUCGUCGCAAACUCCGUUCUUCUCUUUCCGUUUUGUUCACCGAUGCCACGACUCGAUGGCGCCGAUGUUUGGAAGAGCAAGGCUCGAUCCCUCCAGCUCCAGCUCAGGGACCGUUUCAGAGUCGCCGUCCACCGCCACUGGCGCCGCCGCCACCACCACCAUCAAGCCCUCAUUCCCGCCGCCGAAGGCUACUUCUCCUCCACCAUCCAGCGCUGGCUCGCACGAUUUCGCGAUUUCCGCCGAGACUCCUUGCCUUCUUCCACCUCUUUCUACCGCAAACGAGUGACUAGGGAUUUCAGUUCCGAAGAAGAUUCAGCUCUUGUUCGUAUGAUGCAAGCUGUUGCCGUUCCUGUUCUCGGAAACGUCUGUCACGUGUUCAUGAACGGAUUAAACCGUGUGCAGGUGUAUGGUUUAGAGAAACUGCACUCCGCGUUGCUGCAAAGACCUAAGGGUAAACCUCUUCUUACGGUUAGCAAUCAUGUUGCUUCCAUGGAUGAUCCGCUUGUUAUUGCUUCGUUGCUUCCUCCGAGUGUUCUUAUGGAUGCUAGGAAUCUCAGAUGGACGCUUUGUGCAACUGAUAGGUGCUUUAAAAACCCCGUCACUUCUGCAUUCUUUCGCUCUGUCAAAGUUUUACCAGUUUCUCGGGGUGAUGGGAUUUAUCAGGAGGGAAUGGACAUGGCCCUUUCAAAAUUGAAUCAUGGUGGUUGGGUCCACAUAUUUCCAGAAGGUAGUCGCUCCAGGGAUGGUGGAAAAACCAUGGGCUCUUCCAAGAGAGGUGUUGGGAGGUUGGUCCUGGAUGGAGAUAGCAUGCCCCUUGUUAUCCCAUUUGUACAUACAGGGAUGCAGGAGAUUAUGCCUAUAGGUGCUAACUUUCCCAGAAUAGGCAAGAUGGUUACUGUGCUUAUAGGUGAUCCAAUCAAUUUUGAUGAUAUACUUGAACUUGAGAUGGAGAAAGGCUCGGAUGUGCCAAGGAGGCGACUAUAUGAUGCAGUAGCAUCUAGAAUUGGUGAUCGGCUGCAUGAGUUGAAGGUCCAGGUUGACACUGUAGCAAUUGAACAAGAAAUGCAACUACAAGAUCACUCCUUGCGCAGCAUUGAACGAACAUCUGAAAUAUUGCAGCAGGUGGAUUGGGAAUUAUUUGGAAUGGAUAGCUUCAUGCCUGCAGAAGAUGAUUCCAGGCGGAGACAAGAAACAGUUGCCCUCCCAAAUAUAAGUGUUUCUCAGCCUCAGCAGUCUCAUAGUGAUCAGAGUUGGAGAGCUGGGUUCUCAUACAGGAUGCGUGGUUAUAUAGAUCAGAUGGAGCUUGUGUCUUUUGCUGCUAGAGGCAUUUUUAUGAAUAAUGAAACGAAGAACUCUGCUGGCUGUAGUAGAGAGAUAGGCCCCUUAAAGGCAUGGAAACAGUUUGUGGAAGCUAAUCUAUUACGGCAGUGGAAUUACGUCAAUUAAUGAAAACAUAGUUAUAGAGGGUGUAAAUUUUAAUCUUCGGCUUUCGAUUAAAAUAAUUUUGAGAUUUUGUUAGACCAGCAGUUAAACGCAGUAGAAUUGCUGCUGAGCGUUGGCAAAUCAAAUAGCUAACUUAUUCGUUUAGUUGUUUCAGGGUGAAAUUAUAUUGUGGCAUACGGUCCUAUAAGGGUAGAACUGUAAAAGCCCUUCCAUUUUUUCUCUGCAGAAACUAUGAAGGCACCUAGGAGGGCAAAUAAAAUUCAUGUAAUAUAUGCAUAGAUAUUUACUAAUGUAUACUCUAAUUUUUAAGAAAAGAUAUUUUAGUAAGUUUUUA